AUGAAGAAGCAUCAGGUGGACAAAUAUCGAGGCUACUACAACAUUCGGGAAAAAGUUGACGUCAGCAUCGGAAUAUGGCGCGUCUGCGAGGGGUCAGAUUUCUGGGACAUCACAGACUGCACGGACAUCCCAGACAUAACCAAUUAUAUCGUGAUUUGCCAGGUGAUGCUAUGUCUGUGCCUGAUAUUCAUCGUCUCAUCCCUUAUCUUUGGUUUCUACGAGAACUGUGCUACACGAUAUGAUAUUGACGAAGGCAGCGAAGUACGAACAAAGCGACCAGAAAUGAACGCCGUCAUAGCAGGUCUGUUUGGUUUGACCGGAAUCUGUAUGUACGGAACGUCAAUCAUUGAGGCCAUGAGAAACGGCGAGGGGUCGGUUCACUGGGCUUUUCUCGUGACAACUGGAUCAGUUCUAGGGGUCAUCGUCUGUGGGAUCAUCAUGGCCAUUGUCAACCCAGUACAUUCGACUGUAGAGACGUUUCCAGGACAGGUCAUCAGUCUUUCCCGCCAGAAUUCACUGAAAAACAAACCACCUACCAUUCAAGAUCGGCUUGUGUCUUCUGGAGAGUGUGUCAUUCAAAUCAACGGUACCCAGACUUCCGGUACAACCUAUGGAGUCACUGACAGUAAUUUUGACUUAAAAGAGGUAGCUCUUCUGCAGGGAAGCGAAUCUAGUCUGACUUCAAACGUAUCCACACCAGAUAAGUUGCCAGCCGCUUCCCGCGAGUUAGAUCCUUGCAGUAGUAACACAGGGACACAUGUUGUUGACACAAGGGAUAUUCAUGCGCGUUUGCAUGAUAUGUCGCUGAAAGUCGAGCUGAUGCAGCAACAGAAGAGAGCAGCUAACAGCCGUUCUCGGCAAUGUGACGCUAGUCUUGACCCUCAUAUUGUCAAUGACUUGUUUGAUAACACCUUCGAUGAUAUUUUGACUUCUGAUGCUAGUUCCUACAGCGAUAAUGAAAACUUUAAGUUACUUGAACAUCCACGGAAGGAUGAACAUGUAUUGCUAAUGAAUUCCGAUGGCCGAUUAAUAAGCCAAGCUCCGAAGUUUAGACCUACUGAACCGGUUGAUUUGAUGAUUCUUGAGGAGUUUCUUGAAAAGGCAACAGCCAACGAACCCAUACCUGGGGCAGUGGCUGAAGAGACGUUAUUAGGAAGGAGAACGUUUAAUAAUUUUCUUGAAGACAGCGCAAUUGCCAUGCCGCGUGUUUUAAAUGAGUUUCAGCGUAGUACAAUUAGUAAUAGUUCAUGGGAAAGUCAGCCGUGGCCAGAACCACCACCAGAAAACGAAAUACUAGAUCAGCCAUUACUCAUUGUGCCUACAAAUAGAAGUUCAACUCCCGACGCCUCAGCUUCCAGUUGCUCAGAUACUCGGUUAAAAACCUCAACAGAAAGGCUCCAGUGUCAACCCCAGACUCUUACAGCUCAUUAUAGAAAACUCACUUCAGACGAGGACUCGAAUCUUUCCUUAAAUACUCAGAAGUCGACUGGUUCCAAAUCGAAUUCUUCUAAAGGCAACCAGAUGACUCCACACCAAAAACCUACAGAUAAAAAAUCCUCACCCAGUAAGACACAAGCUACUGCGAGGAAGGAUUACGAUAACCCUCUCUUUGAAUCCCAGCAACCUGAUGGGAGCAAAUCGGACAGUAAAGCAAAGAAUCUUUCUGUUCAAAUAUGUCAGCCUUCAACACUUGUUCAUCAACCAUCAGACAAAACUUCCAUUCCAAGUUCUACUGCUACAGAGACAACUCAAGGGAAGACAGAAUCUCGAAAUUACAGCCCAACUCUAGAUACUGCCCGUCAAACAAAAGAAGCUUCUGAAGGUAGGAAAAGCGAUUCUAAUCGCCCACCCCAAGCUGAAAGUAAAAUCUCUUCUCCAAAGUUAAAUCGAUUUACUAGUAAAAAGAGUAAAGACGAUCUCACGAGCUCACUGCUGAAGGAAACUCCAAGUGCUAACAAAGAUCAGUACCAUCUCGUAAAUGGCAUUGUAAAGUCGCGCCUACUACACUUAAAGGAUGAACUACAGCAGAAGCGAUCUGGACAGAUAAGUUCUGAACGGCCCCAACAACCAUCACCACCACCACCGUCCAAAAAACAAGAACAGAAGGACACGAGUCCUCAGACUGCCAGCAAAUUGCCUAGACUCAAUCCGCCCAAGAAAACAACGCCUGAAA